ACUAAACCACAAUCCAUGUUGGUAAAUAGAUAUAGUAAGCUGUUAAUAGGAUGUUCUUACUUCUCCCGAGAAUUCCACUUUUUAAGGAUACAAGGUUUUUGCAGGACACCUAGAAAAACAGUACACAAUGUCUGUGCAAUUUACAAUGCAACCCCCCUGUGGCCGCGAGCUCCCGCCGUGGCACCUUUUUCAACGCUUUCUAACACUUCUUCCCUUAAACUGAAAGAAAGUGCAGAGGAAAGCACGGUUUGGCGUACGGGGUGGGCAGUGCACACUUCCUAAUGGGAGCAUUCUGAUUCUGGGGUCGGCGCCAAUCCCGAUAUGCAAAGCAAGCCCAGUCUCGCCCUCGAGCCCUCGACGUAGUGAAGGAUCUGACAGCGGUCGCCGAAGAAUGUCUCCAUCCGGGAAUACUAGGUCUCGCGCUGCGCCAGUUUUUUUUUUGUGCGGUUUUUAAAACUACUGCAGAUAUACUAGGUUUAUAGUUAAAAUCGCCCCGAGGUGACGAGUCAGUAGCAGAAUGAAAGCCCUUCUGUCUAAAAGCAUCACUCCGAUUCAAAUGAAAGUAUCGAUGUUACUGCGUGGUGGUAUGGGAGAUCAAGGAACGGUACCUAUGCCACGUACGAUCAAAUCCUUACUUUGAAAAUACCCCACUCGUCGCAUUAUAUUAAACUGGCUUUCGCUUAAAGACAAGCUAGCUACCCAAUAAUUUGUUUUCGUAAUUAUCGGAUAUUUGUUCAUGUUAGGACGAAAAGCCAUAACCUCUCACCAACUAGAUAGUAUGCCAAAUUUUAUAUCAUUUAGAUGACGAGAGGUUUUUUGUUUUGUGGUUUUUCUGCCACGUGCCGUGGACGUCAGCUGACAGAUAGUUUAGCCGCAAAUACAAAGAGAUUCUCACAAUAUUUACUUCUGGCGUGUUAAUUUCGGAAUCCACUGGACCGACUUAAAUUUCCGUUUCAGAGAAUCAAUAUUUGCAUAACUUUAAUAUUUCACAAAUUAGAACGACUUCGUAAUGUGUAGGCUAAACAUGCCCCCUCCACCCACGCGCCCACCUGCCGAUGAUGUUUGUUUCGCCCUCACUGGCUGACAUAACUCCUUAAGACUUGCAGUCGCACUUCACAGCGUGGGUGAGAGCUCUAGUCAUGUCAUCUGUGUGAAUAAGCUGUCCCUCAUCUUUCAUCAGGUGAUUUACAGACAAAAAUUUUUUUGCUACAAGACUAGAACAGAGGAGUAUGGGUCUGACUGGAGCCCGGUUCUGACUGUCAGCGAUGGCCGGGCUGAUCCCGCCCAGAUGGACCGGGCCGGCCCGGAACCAGGACAGAACCGCUCUCCCGGGCAGAAGCGACAGGGGGCUGGACUCAGAGGAAGUGGAGCACUUCCGGAGGAAACUCAAGUACUUCUUCAUGAACCCCUGUGACAAGUUCCGGGCGCGAGGGCGGAAACCAUGGAAACUGUGCCUGCAGAUCCUGAAGAUCUGCCUCAUCACCGCACAGCUGGUGUCUUUUGGGCUCAGUAAUCAGAUGAUGGUGACUUUCAAAGAGGAGAACCUGAUGGCUUUCAGACACCUCUUUCUGAAAGGAUACGCUGAUCGCAGGAUGGACACAUAUGCUGUCUAUAGCAGGAGUGAGGUGUACGACCACAUUGACUACAUCAUCCGGCAGUACAUGAACCUGGGGAAUCUCACGGCUGGUAACCAUGCCUAUGAGAAGAGUGGGGGUGUGGCUACACCCCUGUCGCUAUGCCAACAACACUACCGCAACAGCACUAUCUCCCCUGCCAGUGAGUCCUUCCACAUCGACCCCCACGUCGAAACAGAGUGCAUGGAUAUUUACCCAGUCCAGCCUCUGACAAACACUCUGAAGGCAAGACAGCAGCUCAACUUCACUCUGGAUUUUAAGAGGCUGGUCUGUGUGAAUGUUUACAUCAAGCUGAAGGCCAUAAACCUGCAGACAGUGAGACACCAGGAGCUGCCCGACUGCUACGUGUUCUCUAUCACUAUCAGCUUCGGUAACAAAGCCCACAGUGGUCAGCUGAGCGUCACAUUGGCUAACGACGUGGGAAUUAACGAGUGCUCGGACUGGAGCGUGUCUGGAGGGCCGGGUAAGAACAUCCAUGAGCUGCUGCUGUUGGACGGGCUCGUCAUCCUGGCGUGUGUGGCCUCGCUGGCGCUGUGCGCCAGGUCCGUCAGCAGCGGGAUUAAGCUGCAGUCUGAAUAUGCUGUGUUUUUCCAAACUCUGCAUGGCAAAAAGGUGUCCUGGUCAGACAGGAUGGAGUUUGUGAAUGGCUGGUACAUCCUCAUCAUCCUCAGCGACUCCUUAACCAUCGCUGGCUCUAUUCUCAAAAUGGAGAUCCAGACCAAGAAUCUGACUAAUUACGACAUCUGCAGCCUCUUCCUGGGAACGGCGACAAUGCUGGUGUGGGUCGGCCUUCUCCGCUAUCUGGGGUUUUUCCAGAAAUACAAUAUUCUCAUCCUCACCAUGAGGGCGGCCUUCCCUCACGUGGUCCAGUUCUGCUGCUGUGCUACCAUCAUCUACCUGGGCUACUGUUUCUGCGGGUGGAUUGUUCUGGGACCUCACCACAAGAAAUUCCAGACGCUGAACACGGUGUCGGAGUGCCUGUUCUCCCUCAUUAACGGGGACGACAUUUUCCACACCUUCAGGCAGCUGCGGCAGAAGGGCUGGCUGGUGUGGCUCUUCAGCAGGGUGUACCUGUACUCCUUCACCUCACUCUUCAUCUACAUGGUCAUCAGCCUCUUCAUCGCCCUUUUCACAGACACAUACGAGACCAUUAAGGUGUGUGUGUGUGUGUGUGUGUGUGUGUGUGUGUGUGUGUGUGUGUGAGUGUGUGUGUAUGUGUGUGUGUAGGUGAAUGUGUGUGAGUGUGUGUGUGUGUGUGUAUGUGUGUGUAGGUGAAUGUGUGUGUGUGUGUGUGUGAGUGUGUGUGUGUGAGUGUGUGUGUAGGUGAAUGUGUGUGAGUGUGUGUGUGUGUGUAUGUGUGUGUGUGUGAGUGUGUGUGUGUGUGUGUGAGCGCCUGUGUGUGUGUGUGUGAGUGUGUGUGUGUUUGUGUGUGUGUGUGUGAGUGUGUGAGUGUGU